GCAUGGAGUACCUGGGGGCGCAGCGCUGCGUGCACCGCGACCUGGCCAACAGGAACAUCCUGGUGGAGAGCGAGACCCACGUGAAGAUCGGGGACUUCGGCCUGGCCAAGCUGCUGCCACAGGACAAGGACUAUUACGUGGUGCAGGAGCCUGGCCAGAGCCCCAUCUUCUGGUACGCGCCCGAGUCCCUGGCUGAUAACGUCUUCUCCCGGGCAUCCGACAUCUGGAGCUUUGGGGUCCUCCUCUAUGAGCUCUUCACCUACAGCAAUAAGAGCAGGAGCCCCUCCGAG